AUGAAUUUCGAAGAGCAAAGUUUUGUUGUCGUCGGCGGUGGACGAGAGAAGAGUAUGGGCUUAGCGUUUGUUAAAGAUCUUUUAGCAAUUGGUGUUCAGAAAAUUGCCAUAUUUGAUGUAAUCGACCCGAGUGCUGCCAUCGAUGCGAUUGAAACAUCAUUUCCAAAAGCAACCGCUUUAUUCCAUCGAGUCGAUGUUCGUAAUAGAUCAGAAAUCGAAACGGCAUUCAAACAAGUAGUCAAUGUAUUUGGAUACGUUGAUGUUUUGGUGAAUUUUGUUGACAUUAUCAAUGAGCCAAAGAUCGAAGAUGUGCUCCAUAUAAAUCUCUUCGGCACUAUUUACACAACCAUGACCGCAAUUGGUUGA